AUGUCAGAUCAGAUAUCUAGUAUGAAGGAAUAUGAUAGGGGGUACAAGUAUCCCGUACAUAUAGACGGAACCCGGAGAAGCCUAAGGAGGAAUUAUCAGGAUAAGAUUGAGCAACAGAAGCACCGUCGAUCCGAAGAACAGCAAAAAUCGGACAAGGAAGAAAGGAUUCAAGAGAAAGAAGAUCAGCAUCUGACAAGCAAGACCUGA